AUGUCAAACCUUCUCUCUACCGAGCAGCAAGCUCGGGCUGCAAAGGCCUAUGUUCUCCAGGAGCUACGGAAGACUGAUGUUGGGAGCUCAAUUCUCGCAGAGGAAGCAUUCUACGGUCGCCUGGAUAUGAACUUUGUCACCGUCUUCGCCAUCUUUGCAGAAUUGUACGGAUACCGCCACGAUUGUCUUGACCAACUCGUUGAUCUAAUGUUGAUGUGUGGCAAAUCGUGGAUGGAGAGGGAUCCCGAGCUGCAGAAAUUGGACAAGGCGCGAGAACUCGAUCCAGAAUGGUACCUUUCCAACCAGAUGCUGGGCGGUGUUUGCUACGUCGACAGAUACGCGAAGAACCUGGACGGCAUCAGAGCAAAAAUCCCAUACUUUCAAGAACUUGGCUUGACGUAUCUGCACCUCAUGCCCCUCUUCGAGUCUCCAAGGCCGCUCAACGAUGGAGGCUACGCUGUUUCUAGCUAUCGAGAUGUCGAGCCGGCCCUUGGAGAUAUCCACCAGCUCAAAGCACUUGCAACAGAACUUCGCAAAGCCGGGAUAAGCCUAGUGCUUGAUCUGGUCUUCAAUCACACCUCCAACGAGCACAGAUGGGCAAGGAAAGCCGCCGAGGGCGACCAGGAACAUUCGGCCAUGUAUUGGAUAUUUCCUGAUCGGAAUGUUCCAAGUGCCUUUGAGCGCUCGACGCGAGAGAUUUUUCCCGACGAUCACCCCGGCUCCUUUAUACAGUUACCUGACGGUCGAUACGUCUGGAGCACAUUCUAUCACUUCCAGUGGGACCUAAAUUACUCUAAUCCGACCGUCUUCCGUGCCAUGGCCGAAGAAAUGCUUUACCUGGCCAACAUCGGAGUGGACUUCUUUCGCAUGGACGCCGUGGCGUUUAUGUGGAAACAAAUGAACACAGACUGUGAGAACCUCCCAGAGGUCCACAAGCUCCUUCGAGCUUUCAAUGCCCUCUGUAGGAUCGCGGCCCCUUCGGUGUUGUUCAAGUCGGAAGCCAUUGUACACCCCGAUUUUGUCGUACAGUACAUCGAUCGCUACGAAUGUCAGCUCAGUUACAAUCCUCUUCAAAUGGCGUUGACGUGGGAGGCUUUGGCGACACGAGAUGCUUCCAUGCUCACACAAGCUAUCGAACGCAGACACAACAUUGCAAGGGGUUGCGCGUGGGUCAAUUAUGUGCGCAGCCACGACGAUAUCGGCUGGACGUUUUCCGACAGUGACGCGUUGGAGCUUGGAAAGGAAGGUGGUAAUCAUCGUAAAUUUUUGAAUGCUUUCUUUGUCAACAGGCAUCCUGGCUCAUUUGCCAGAGGCGUCCCGUUCCAAGACAAUCCUCGGACGGGCGACUGUCGGAUAUCCGGCACUACCGCAUCUCUGGCAGGUCUCGAGUCUGGUCAGGAUGGCGCACUGGAGCGUAUCCUUCUGGCCUAUUCCGUUGCCAUGAGCACCGGGGGUAUCCCUCUCAUCUAUCUGGGUGACGAAGUCGGUCAAUUGAAUGACUACUCAUACCUAAAUGACCCGGCCAAGAUGGACGACUCUCGUUGGGUCAAUCGACCUUGGUACCCUGAGCAGCGUUACAACGAGCGACACGAUCCCGACACGACAGCUGGGAGAUUGUUUUCUGGCAUGAAACAUCUGAUCCAACUACGCAAGACCACGGAAGAAAUUGCAGGCGGAAGGGCAAUUGGGUUCUACACCGGCAACCCUGCGGUGCUCGGAUAUCAAAGGCCAGGACCGCACUCGAACGUCUUGUGUUUGUGUAACUUCUCCGAUGACCCACAAUGGGUCGGUCGACACAGAUUCAUGGGCAUGCCUCCGACCGCCUACGAUCUUGUCGGUGGCCAUGAUAUCGAGUUGCGAUCAUCAGGCAUCCAGUUGCGGGCGCAUCAAUACGUUUGGCUGAGGUACUAAGUCGGUUCUCCAAUAUUGCCAGCACGUAUGAAAAAUGUCCUUGGACUGGCCUUGCAUGCCACACCCGAUUCCCAAACUGUUAUUGGGUGCUCAGCCUUCGGAAUCAAGGAUCUGUCUCGCCAGUUGGGCCGGCGUGGUCCCAGGUCUCCCGAUCAGCCACUCCAAUAUGUUCGGAUUGCUGUACAGUCCUCUGGUAUUGUAAUACAGGAGCAUCCGCUCCGGACCGUCCUUGUUGAUUUGUGGGGCGUCGCUGGUUCCAAACGAG